AUGGCCGUGUCUCCGGGUGCAUCGCCCGAGCCCACCGCAUCAUCCUCAGCCUCGCUGGCAUCAUCUAAGCAGGCUGACCCUGUCCUACCGCCACCUUCCGUCCCUCUUGACCAACAAAUACCCAACGGCCAACCCAACGGCCACAAGCCUGAGCGCCCCGCAGGUCCGCAAAAGAAACCUACCUUUACCUCGCGGCUCAGUCGCAUGUUCUCGCAGAAGGACUCGAACGCCGAAGCUAGAGAAGCCACGAAGCGAGAGACCGCCGACAAGGUCCCAGAGACCGCUGUCGAAGAGGCCGACGAAGGCUCAUCGACCAAGUCACGCCCCGAAAAGCCGACGCGACAAGCAUCGAAGACCGAGAAGAUGGGUGCUGUGACUCGAAGCGGUUCAGAUUCUAAGAAGGACAAACGCGAAGAGACUGCGCCGUCCCAGAGGCGCUUUUGGUUCGAAGAAGAUGGCGAACAUUACCACUUCCUGAAGGGCGCAAAGCGACAGGACAAGCUGUCAGACAUGUUACGAGAGAUGCUGGGUGGUAAGAAGAAAGAUAACGUUGGCGAACAACCCUUGUCGCUCAUGUCUGAUUGGGUAGAUCAAGUGAAGAGAGAGAAAGCACAUGCGGCCGAGGCAAAGGAGAAGAAGAACGGUCCUAACAACACCGCAUCGUUGGUUCAGAAGUACGGCAAGUGCCAUGAAAUUGUCGGUCGCGGCGCAUUUGGCAUUGUCAGGAUUGCACACAAGUCGGAUCCGGACUCGAAGGCCGAACAACUCUACGCCGUCAAAGAGUUCAGACGAAGACCACAGGAAGACGCGAAGAAGUACAGCAAACGGCUCAACUCGGAGUUCUGCAUUUCCUCGUCGCUACGACAUCCAAAUGUCAUCCAUACACUAGAUCUGCUGGAGGACGCAAAGGGCGAUUACUGCGAGGUCAUGGAGUUCUGCGCCGGUGGCGAUCUGUACUCGCUGGUCCUCGCGAACGGCAAACUCGAAGUUGCCGAGGCUGAUUGCUACUUUGCUCAGCUCAUGCGUGGUGUCGAAUACAUCCACGAAAUGGGUGUAGCACAUCGGGACUUGAAGCCUGAGAACCUCCUCCUUACUACCCACGGCGCCUUGAAGAUCACCGACUUUGGCAACGGCGAGUGCUUCCGCAUGGCUUGGGAGACUGAACCACACAUGACGGCCGGCCUCUGCGGAAGUGCGCCGUACAUUGCGCCUGAAGAGUACACUGACAAAGAGUUCGAUCCUCGCGCGGUUGACGUCUGGGCUUGCGGUGUCAUCUACAUGGCUAUGCGCACCGGUCGACACCUGUGGCGCGUGGCGAAACGGGACGAGGAUGAAUUCUACGAAAACUACAUCCGUGGCAGGAAGAGCGAUGAAGGUUACGGACCCAUUGAGACCCUCCACAGAGCUCGCUGCAGGAACGUCAUCUACAGCAUCCUAGAUCCGAACGCAUCACGCCGCAUAUCUGCCCAUCAAGUUCUCAACUCGGAAUGGGGCAAGGGCAUAAAACUUUGCAAGGCGGGCGAACAGGGCCUAUGA